UAAUUCUCAAUUUUUCCAAAUUUCUCUUCUUCUACCUUCUUCCCCCUCUUCUUCUUUAAAUUCUCGCGUUCUCUUAUACUCGGUAUGCAGCCACUGGAUUCCAUUGUAUUCAGCUUCUCGAUCUGCAUCACAUUUCAUUUGAUAAAUAUGAACCUGUUGCAAGUCUUGAAUGAUUGGUGAAUACCAUCUUAAUUGCCCGUACGUGAGGUUUCAAGUGUAAAUUAUCUUACAUAUGAGAGUCAACUUUGUUGGAAGUUCAGAAUGGUGACAGCAACUGAAAAGAAAAUUGAUUUGGGUGUCUAAAAGUGAAUAAACUACUUUCCUUUGGUUCAGGAUAUUCUGAGAAGUAGAGAAGCUGGUGAGUUCCUUAGUGGUGCUUUAGCAGGGGCCAUGACCAAAGCCAUUCUCGCUCCUCUUGAGACCAUCAGGUUUUCUGUUUCCCCUUCCCUGAUUCUGCUUCUAGUCGUUUUUUCUUACCCUAUAGAUGAAGCAACUUACAUUAUAGAUUCAUUUAAGUAAUGUUAUUUGAUCAAUUUUUAAAGGAAAGUUCAUUUCAAAUUGUUCACAGUUGGAAGGUUAGAGGCAAUAUGUUGAUGAUUAGAAAUUCAGGAAUGGUUUCUCAUGGUACAUACCCCAUUAUGCUUGAAAUGACGCAGUUCUUUUCUGCAGUGUGAAUUUGUAUGGAGUUCCAUGCUAGCGUGAAUAAUUGCUUUGAGAUACUUGCUGUUCCCCUCUGUCCUGUUGAAACAAAUGCUGACUGAUGAAUAUUCAUUCAUAGCAUUGCAGACGAGAAUGGUGGUUGGUGUGGGGUCUAGAAACAUAUAUGGUAGUUUCAUUCAGAUUGUUGAACAGCAUGGUUGGAAAGGCCUGUGGGCUGGAAACGCAAUCAACAUGCUGCGCAUAGUUCCCACCCAGGCAAUUGAGCUUGGAACAUUUGAGUGUGUCAAGCGUACAAUGACAUCAUUACAAGAGAAUUGGAAUCAGACUGAACACCCACAGUUGCAAAUUGGUCGUGUCAGUUUGAGCUUUUCUCUCUCUUGGCUCUCUCCGGUUGCCAUGGCUGGUGCAGCUGCUGGGAUUGUUAGCACGCUUGUAUGCCACCCGCUUGAAGUUUUAAAGGACAGAUUGACUGUAAGACCUGAAUUUUAUCCCAGUUUAAGUAUUGCAGUACGCAAGAUUUACAAGGAUGGUGGUAUUGGUGCUUUCUACUCUGGUAUUUCACCCACAUUGAUCGGCAUGCUCCCAUAUAGCACUUGUUACUAUUUCAUGUAUGAGACAAUGAAGAACUCAUACUGUCUGGCAAAGAAGAAGAAAUCUUUAACUCGUGCUGAGAUGCUUUUGUUAGGAGCUCUCUCUGGCUUGACAGCAAGCACGAUAAGUUAUCCUUUGGAGGUUGCAAGAAAACGGCUUAUGGUAGGAGCUUUGCAAGGUAAAUGUCCACCCCACAUGUCAGCUGCACUUUCUGAAGUUGUUAAGAACGAAGGUAUUAAGGGCCUAUACAGAGGAUGGGCUGCAAGUUGCUUGAAAGUCAUGCCUAACUCAGGUAUCACAUGGAUGUUCUACGAGGCCUGGAAAGAUAUAUUGCUUGCAGAGAGACGUCCUUUAUGAAAAUCUUGCUGAAUGCAAGGAAUUUUGUGUUGAAUGUCAACCCACAGCAAGCAACAAGGAUCUGAAAGCCUGUGCCAGCAGGUGGGAGAAGAGCUCUGGUGGUGUUGGUACCAUAUUAAUGUGGACCAGCACAAUUUCUUUUUUUGAGAUGUAACAAUGUAUAAAUAAGCCACAUGAAGAGUCGAAUUUGAUCUUUAGCUUUUGAUCCCCCGGAAAUCAAUCUGAAAUUGCAUUCCUGUAGACUUUACUGUAAUCCUGAAGAAGAAAAAUUAUAGAAACGAAGUCCAUUUGACUAUGAAAUUGAUUGACAGGCAUGCAACUUGGAGUUUAUUAACUGUCAUUGGUUUUGUAACAAUUGAAUUUAUGGAAGGCUUGGUACGGAACAUGUUCAUCA